AUGGCAGACCCCGAUGGUGCGGUUGAGCGCAGCACAGACUGGCUGGUUAAUUCGUCCGUCGAUACGUUCUCAUGGAGUGGUGUGACAGUGACGGUGAAGGAUCGGAAGACGAAGGCGCCGUUGAAUCUAGUCUCGGAUAUUUGCGGUCAUGUGCAGAAAGGAGAACUCGUUGCCCUGAUGGGCCCCUCUGGAUGCGGCAAAACAACCCUGCUCAAUGCUUUGGCGCGCCGUACAGUGGCCCCAGGGGCCAGGGUUGCUGGGACUUGUGUCGUCAACGGAAAAGAGGUUGAUAAAGCUGCUUUUCGCCGCAUGACCUCCUAUGUAGAGCAGGAAGACGCUCUUAUCGGCUCGGUCACGGUGGAGGAAACUCUCAAAUUUGCCGCGGACCUCUCUCUUCCAAGUUCGAUUUCCAGCCGCGAGCGUGCAGAUCGUGUGGGUCUUUCCAUGGCUUCUUUCGGGCUCCUGCAGCAAUCCAAAACCCUCGUCGGUACUCCAAUUCGCAAGGGCCUCAGCGGUGGUCAGAAACGACGAUUGAGUAUUGCUAGCCAACUCAUCACCUGCCCACGCAUACUCUUCCUGGACGAGCCAACGAGCGGCCUAGACUCGAAGGCAAGUUUUGAAGUCAUGUCGUACAUCAAAAAGGUUGCCGAGAAGAACAAAAUCAUUGUUAUUGCGAGUAUUCACCAGCCCUCGACCAGGACUUUUGAGGUAUUCGACAAACUUCUGCUUCUGUCUGGUGGCAAGACCUGCUUCUUUGGUCCCACCGCAAACUUGUACGGCUACAUCGAAGGAGCGACAGGGAGCCGGAUUCCAGAAUAUGUCAAUCCUGCUGAGUACCUUCUUGAUAUUGUCAGCUCGGACUUUGCGGUCGCCGACGAAGAUGCGGUUUCGCGGGUCCAAGGCAUCCAGGAUACAUGGGCCCAAUCCCCCGAUGCUAAAGCAUUGACGAGUGAAAUAAUUACCACCGAAGAACGGGGAGAGAAGGCAACGGCGGAGAACCUCGACUCUGCCGGUCGUCCAAACAUGGCGCAAAUCACACUCACUCUCCUCCACCGGUCGCUUAUCAAGAGCUUUCGUGAUGUUGUGGCGUACGGGAUCCGAAUUGUGAUGUAUCUUGGUCUUGCUAUCAUGAUGGGCACAGUAUGGCUACGUCUCAGCACAACUCAAGAAUCGAUCCAACCCUUUACCAACGCAAUUUUCUUCGGCUCCGCCUUUAUGUCGUUUAUGGCCGUGGCCUACGUGCCAGCCUUUCUGGAGGACCGGCAGACAUUUUCCAAAGAACGAGCGAAUGGCCUCUAUGGAGCGACCCCUUUCAUAGUCUCCAACUUUCUAAUCGGGCUUCCUUUUCUCUUCUUGAUAUCUGUCUUAUUCUCCAUCAUUUCAUAUUGGCUAUCCAACUUCGACCCCAGCGCCGACGCCUUCUUCACAUGGGUGAUGUGGCUCUUCCUGGACCUCGUCGCCGCAGAAUCGCUCGUCGUGCUUGUGUCGUCCAUAUUCCCGAAUUUCGUGAUUGCCCUCGCACUCGUCGCGUUCGCAAACGGCCUGUGGAUGAGCGUGGGCGGGUUUCUGGUAUCGCCGACGAUUCUGAACCCAUUCUGGCGCUAUGUGUUCCACUACAUCGACUAUCAGGCCUAUGUGUUCCAGGGAAUGAUGGUCAACGAGUUUUCACGACGAAACUAUUCCUGCGGCCACGGAUGCCAUUGCAUGUACGUCACGGACUUGGCCUCUCAAUGCCAGAUCCGAGGCACGGGGGUCUUGGAGUCCUAUGGGUAUGCGACUGGCAGGACUGGGAAAUGGGUUGGUAUCCUGAUAGGCAUUAUUGCUGUUUAUCGGCUUUUCGGGUGGAUAGCUCUUUCUUUGCGCAAGACCUGA